AUGGAGCGGCGGCUGGAGCUCGCUGCCCUCGCUCUGGCCCUCACUGGGUGGCUCUGUGCCAUCCUGACACGCUGCCUGGCCCUGUGGAAGGUGAGCGGCACCGUGGACAACACAACGGCCACUCUGCCUGCAUACUGGGACGGGGUGUGGCUGGAGUGGGAUCACUGGGACUUGAACCACGAUGGUAGCCUGCACUGCUCUUUCUACCGGUCUCUGAUGUCUCUUUCUGGGAGUUUUCGGACGUGGAGGGCCCUCAUCAUGGCCUCUGUUGGAGCCGGGGCUUUUGGGAUGGUGAUUGGAGCAGUGGGAGCCGUGUGGUUCCCUCUGCGUGGACAGGUUAAAGUGGUUUCUGGAGCUCUCUUUGUUUCGUCCGGGAUCCUUUUGCUGGUUCCUCUCGCCUGGACGUGCCAUCACACCAGUCAGCCACUGGAGGGAGCUGCGCUGCUGAGGAGGGACUGGGGACCUGCUCUGUACCUGGGAUGGAUUUCCACAGCUCUGAUGCUGAUCGGAGGAGUGUUUCUCACCACCAGGUGCCCCACUAGAGCUGCACAGACCCCUGAAGAUGCAAACGUACCCCCAAAUCUGGAGGACGAGGCGAAUCAUCCGCUGAGCAGGAUCAACAGGACGAUAUUCACGAGCAGCCAGUAUGAUCGCAGAUCAGAGCCCAUCUGA